AUGCCGAUGAAGCCACCGACGCCACCGACGAUGCCGCCGCCGCCACCGUUGGAGCUGCCAAGCCGUCCACGGACGCGUAAACCAAAGAAAAGCCCAGCGGAGAAAGGCAGUGGCGGGGUGCAGGCAGCUGGUAGUGGUGGUGGAAGUGGUGGCGGUGGUGGAAACAGUGCCACCGGCAGUUCCGCGGCCCUCGCCGAUGACAAGCGACCUCGGACGGCAUUCAGUGGCCCUCAGUUGGCCCGAUUGAAGCAUGAGUUCGCCGAGAACCGCUACCUGACCGAGCGUCGCCGGCAGCAGCUGAGCGCGGAGCUGGGACUGAACGAGGCGCAGAUCAAAAUCUGGUUCCAGAACAAGCGAGCGAAGAUCAAGAAAUCGUCCGGCCACAAGAACCCACUGGCGCUGCAGCUGAUGGCGCAAGGGCUGUACAACCACUCGACCGUACCGUUGACGCGCGAAGAGGAGGAACUGCAGGAGAUGCAGGCGGCGGCGGCUGCGGCUGCCGAAUCGAGGACAGGAUCUGCAGGACCUGCUGCAGCGGCAGCGGCAGCAGCAGCAGCAUCAGCGAGUGGUUAAGCUGGAUCCGCGCUAGCCGCUGUUCGGUGGUGGCUAUUUAUUACCAAUCGAAAGGGAGGCGAAGAAGUAGUCGAUCUUCUUCCUGAACUCUCAAUACCUAACCUACUCGAAACCAUGGCAAUAGCAGAGGCAGUAGAAGCAGAAGAAGAAGAGUAGUUGUAGCGAAAGGUAAAGUUGUAGGUGAAGAGGAAGAUCAGAAAUCUGUGAUAUCUAAUUAAAAGUGGACUAACAAACGAUCGAACGAGCAAUCUAUAUAGCCGAUACCGUAGGAGUGAUAGAUCGAAGUGACGUUUCAUCGCGAUGUCACAAAAUCUGCGUCCCAGGACACACACGCGCGCACGCACACAUACAUGUGCAGAGUUGUACAGGAUUAUUAACGUUUUAUUUAUUAGCACUUUGCGACCGAGUUUCUGUGUUUUUUAUUUGUUGUGUGUGGGAUCGCCAGGUUAAAGAGGAGGAACUCUUAUCUCGUUCGUCCUGUUGGCAAUCAGAAACCGCUGACUGUAACCGAUGGAAUGCUCCUGAUAAGCUCCUAAUCACUAGUGGAGGCGCGCGCGUGUGCAUGUGUGCUGUCAUUUCAAUGCUUGCUCUCCCAUCCCACCAUCUACAGCAUGCCAGUAGCUUUCACGCAACGGAGAAUCAGGAUCGGAAUUGUUUGUGGGUUUUUGGAGCAUCAAAGCACUGGGCAGUUUAAGCAUCUCAUUAGCAACACAACACAAGCUUUGCGGGAGUUUGAUCAUAAAUCAUAUUUCGGUUUUCAAACAUUUUAAUUGGCCAAACAAACAGACACAUAAGAAACGGGGAGAGAGAGCGCGCUAGCUGAGAAAAAAGUGUGAAGAA